GUGUCCAAGUUGUAACAGACUUAGAGAACAAUGUAAAUAUACACAUCAGGUUUGGAACACGGUCCUUCCAAUACCAGGACAGAGAGUACAGAACUGGAGAUGUCUUAACUACUCAUUUGAGGGAGGGCGAGGCCUUCACUUUAUCGUUUUGUGAUAAUAAUGAGGUAUCACAUCGCUUAGCUGACUUGGCAGGGUCUAGGAUCGAAUGUACAGCUCCCUGUGGCCUCAUCUCAGGCAACUGUCUAUCAGGAUCGAUGCUUGUACGCGAGUGUGGGACGUUCGCUUUCAUACCUGAAGCAACACGGACGGGGGACGUCUUGGCAGAGAUGAUAAUGCCGCUUGAAACAUUCGGGAAAGAGUUUAUCUCGAUCUAUACCAUUGGAAGGGAGAGUCAAGGCGACGUGGAGGUCUACUCCUCCGAGCCCGACACUGUCGUCACUUCUAUAUCACCCUCGGGGAGACAAGUGGAGUCCAGGAUACAGGAGAGUUGGACCAGGAAAACACUCUUUAUGGCAGGCGCUUACUACUUCUACAGCACUAAGCCGAUUUACGCCAUGUACUACAUGGACACGGCCUGUCAAACAUCUGACCGACAGAGGACCUUGGAGGUGGGGGACCCAGCCAUGUGUAACAUCAUCCCCAUUAAUCUCUUUUAUGAUGGCUACGUAUGGAGCACACCGUUUUCUGAUCGUGUGGCCCCAGUGAACUACGUGUGUUUGAUUGUCAAGACACGCGACAAAGAGCAUCUAAGGAUGGAUGAUCUCGAAGUACCUGCAACGAUGCAGUGGGUGACAGUGAAUGGAGCCCCUUAUGAGCUCGGCAACGUGCAAGUGGCACCAGGCACACACAACGUGUAUGGCGUCAGGACAAUCAACUUCGGCUGCUACAUCUACGGCCUAGCCAUGUUCUACAGCUACAUGAACCCUGCUGGGUUUAUAGCGGCGACCAUCAACGCGCAAUGUACUCCAGCUUACAAUAAGAACGAUCCUGGAGACCUUAUAGACAACGACUGUGACCAAAGAAUUGACGAGGAGAUCAAAGAUGGCAUAGACAAUGAUAACGACAACAGAAUAGACGAAGAUCUGGCUAACCCGCCCAGAGCAAACGGAGCUUGGAGUGAAUGGCAGGAAUGGGCAUGUAUUCUUGCAUGUCACGUGUUCAGGGAUACGAGGCUCAGACUAUGCGACAACCCAGCUCCCGCCAACAACGGCAGAGACUGUGAAGGCAACCCAGUUGAAUACAGAGACAGCGAUUGUGGUCGUAACGUCAUCUGCCCUACAGAUUGCCCUGAGGGGCAGUGGGAUUUCAACUGCGUCAAGCGGUGUGAACAUUGUGAGGAGGACUGCAACAAAUUUCUGGGGAACUGUACCAGUUGUAAGCCAGGCUUCAUCAACCCGGAACAUUCCUGCGACACAGUGUGUCCCCCAUUUACAUAUGGCAAAAACUGUGAGGGAAAUUGUAUGGAGAAAUGUGAGGCUGAAUGUCUGGAUAAAGUCAAUGGAAACUGUCCACCCAAAACCAACAAUUAUUUGCAUUUACUGUGGUUUACACUGCUUAUUCCUUGUGUUUGCCUGCUGCUUUAUUAUAUUAGACGCCGACGGUCCAAGGCUGCAGAGGCAGCCGAAGAUGGUCCAGGAGCUGGAGCAGCAGGGAGCAGAGCCGGGUCGUCUGCUGGAGAGAGCAAGGCUACAGGAUCUGUGGCAGAUACUGGAACCACGUCAUCGAUUGGUGAAUCUACGGUUUAAGUUACGUCAUACAAAUACGUCAUAGUUUGGUGAAUCUACGGUCUAAGUUACGCCAUACAAUCACGUCCUGAGAUCUUAUGUCGGUUAUUUCUUGCUAGCACAUCCCAUGAUCAAAAGUAUGUUUUUAAUUGCUAAUUGUUUUGUUUCA